AUGGAUCCUGCUGCACGAGUACCUGCUCCUGUUGUUGACCCACUCACUGUCGGGAAAGCAUUUUUCACGCAGUACUAUGAAGUUAUGUAUACAAUGCCAGCGAUUCUGCACCAGUUCUACCAAGAGAUCAGUAAGGUUGGGCGUGUUGGAGAAGAUGGAGUCAUGCGUGACUUCUCCACCUUGCAAGGAAUCACUAAGGGGCUUGAGACACUGUCUUAUGGAGGAUUUAAGUCGGCUGAGAUAACAAGUUAUGAUAUCCAAGAGUCUCUCAAUGGGAGUUUCCUCCUUGUGGUUACUGGCUUCUUUCUAAACGAGAUUCAGAGAAGGAAAUUCACCCAAACUUUCUUCCUUGCCCCGCAAGAAACUGGUUACUUUGUUCUUAAUGACAUCUUCAGGUUUGUCAGUGAACCCGAGCCCAUCGAUGGGGAUGGUGGUUUUGGGAAAGACUCUGAGUCACCCAGUCCUUUUAAUGGCAAUAAUGGUUCUGAGCAAGCUGCAUGUGUUUCGGGGAAUCCUGUUUGCAAGAAAGUGUCUAAGCCUAUGAGUAAUGAGAAUGCCUCAGCUGCUAAGGAGAAUGUUCUUGUACCUGAGAUCGGCAAUGAAGAAGCUCCAAAUACUGAGAUAAGUUGCAAAGAAGUUGCAGAAGAUUCGCUGAAAAUUUCUGACAAAUAUGAGACAUAUGAAGAUGCUCCCAAGAAAUCUUAUGCCUCUGUUUUGAAGGUUGCGAAGGAUGGAGUUUUUGCUGGGUCUUCACUGUCUCCAAAGCAGAUACCCAAAACCCAAGAACAGCAAGAGUCUUCAGAUCCUUCCCCAGUGGAGAUACUCAAAGAACAAGGUCAUCAAGCGUCUCUUGAUCCUUAUCCAGUGAUAGAAUCUGAUGCAGUUUCUGAGGUCGUUGAUGCUACUGAAAAUGAGAACAAUCAGGGGUUUGAAGUGGCAGCUGAGGGUAGAUCCAUUUAUGUGAGACAUCUUCCACCGAACGCCACCGUUCAAAUGCUUGAGGCUGAAUUCAAGCAGUUUGGAGCUAUUGGCGAUGGUGGGAUUCAAGUGAUAAACCAAUUUGGCUUUGGUUUUCCUUUUGGUUUUGUUGAGUUCAAAGACGCAGAUGCCGCGCAGAGAGCAAUAGAGGCUUCACCUGUGAGGAUUGGUGGACAGAAAGCUUUCGUGGAGGAGAAGCUAUCUACAGGAAGAGGUAACAACAGAGGAAGUGGAAACGAGUACGGGAACAGAAAUGUGGGAGUAAGAGGAAGAGGAAGAGGAAGUUACGGAUUUGGCAACAAUCACAGGAGGGGAGGAGGUGGAGGAAGGUCUUUUAACCGUAGAGGCAAUGAAUUCGUCGCCAGCCUCGAUACAUACUAA